AUGAGUUCAUCAGUAGACAAUAGCUCGCUUUACGAGGUUUUGGGAGUGUCAAGAGAGGCCUCGAAACAAGAAAUCAAGAAAGCUUAUCGUGUGAAAGCGUUGCGGUUCCAUCCUGACAAAAAUGGGCAUUCUGAAGAAGCGAAGUUCAACUUUCAGAAGGUGUCAGAUGCAUAUAACGUUCUGCAGGACGACCAUAAGCGGACGAUGUAUGACCGUACUGGCACUGCAGACGAAUCGCAGUGGUCGGCAAUGAAACCCGCAGAAUAUACUAGCACUAGCAGAACCGGUCGCGGUAUGUCAGCGGGCGAUCUUUUCGCCCAAUUUUUCGGCGGUGGAGCAACGACCAAUGUUUCUGGCAGCAGUUUUUUUGGCAACGAUAUGGACUUUUUCGGUUUUAAUUCGUCACGUCGUAAGUCGGGUCGUCAACCACGCCAGUCACGUCCCAAGACCACCGCCUGUGGCCCAGAUAUCAGGCAUCGGCUAAAAUGCUCUUUGGAUGAACUUUAUCAUGGGAAAACUACAAAACUAGCAUUGAAUAGAACAAGAUUGUGUCGGGACUGCAACGGUGAAGGAUCUGCAAAAAUUACGACUUGUAAACUGUGUGGCGGUCGUGGGAUGCGCUCACAGACUAGGAGGCAAGGACACAUGACGCAAUCGUGGUCUUCUACAUGCAAUGGAUGCGGUGGGCAGGGUACAUUUUGUGCCCCGGAGGAUACGUGCAUUACUUGUCAGGGGAAAGGGUGCAUUUGUGAACGCAAGAUAUUCGACAUGCAAAUAGAAAAAGGGAUGGAACAUGGACAAGAAAUAAUAUUGCCCGGCGAGGCAGAUGAAGUUAUCAACACCAGUUACGGGACGGAAAGAGUGGUUCCUGGUGAUGUUAUUGUUACAAUGGAGCAAUUGCCCAACUCAAAGUUCAAGCGUGACAAGGACGCAAGUUUUAUUUUGGAAAAAUGUCCGGUAGCGCUGAAAACCAGUUUAUGCGGAGGUCCUGUUUGGAUCAGUUCACAUCCAAGUGGGAAAAUUAUCAAAGUAGAUGUUUUACCAGGUGAGAUCCUAAAACCCGGGGAUUUCAAAUGUGUGGAAAAUUUGGGUAUGCCAGACGGAAAGGGCGGAUUUGGCAAUCUGUACAUCGGGUUCGAGGUCGUUUACCCUACGACAAUGAAUGUUGCGACGAUCAAUGGGCUGGCUCAUCUACUCGAACAAGACGGUUACAUACAAGAAAGCGAAAAAAACCUGGAAAUACCUUUCGCUGACGCUGAUAUUGUGGAAGAGCAUGUCCUGAGUGAUUUUGUUUCAAGGUUUGAAAAACGUCGGAGUUCUUGGGAAAGUGAAAAUUCGUGGAAGAGACACAAGAAUGGUGGAUGUGAGUGA